CACAUUUUGAUUUUUCUGAUUUGUGUCAAACAAAAAUGGCAGAGACUGCAAUGGAAACGGCUCCCGCUGAUGAAAAUGAUGAUAAUUGGUUAUACGGUGAUUCCAAUACUGAUCAAGUUGAAAGUGAGACUGCAGAAAAUGAUGAUAAAUCGGAACCUCCAAAGGAAUCGGGUGAAGUAGCUGCGGAUAAUGAAGAGAAGGAACCAGAUGAAAAUGAUGGAAAUAAUGAGGACUCUCAAUUCAAUGAUGAACAUUUUGCGGAUGUGGGCAAGGAGGAUCAGGAUCAAGGGAAUGAUGCAGAUAGUCAGGAUAAUGGAGACUCAGACUCGGAUGACAGUGAUGAUGUGAAAGUUACUAUUGGUGAAAUUAAAUCUGGACCUCAGUAUGGAAGUUUGAAUAUCAAACGUGGUGUGGGUCUCGUGGCAUCAGGAGUGGGCGAGAAGCCUCGUGGAGGCACAACUACUGGCAACAAAGUGACUAUAGAAGAUCUUGAAGGACCUGGUAGUAUUAAUGGAGUGCCUGCUUUGGAGUUUAACAUUGAUACUAUUGAAGACAAACCAUGGAACAAACCUGGAGCUGAUAUAUCUGAUUAUUUCAACUACGGGUUCAAUGAGGUGACGUGGAGCGCGUACUGCGACCGGCAGCGGCGGCUGCGCGUGACGGAGGCGGGCGUGGGCCUGCACGCGCCGCCGCCACCGCGCCCUCCGCCGCAGGACCGCGCCCGCAACCAUGGUCCAAUAAGAACAGAUGAUGCAAUUCAACCUCUAAUGCAGAAUAAUUACCAAGUUCGGGAGAACACUAUUCAGGUGAUGACGGCGGAGCGGCGCGAGUACGGGCGCGGCGGGCACGGGCGGGACGCGCCGCCGGACUACUUCGGCGCGCCGCCGCCGGACCACUACUACCCGCCCGCGCACGCGCACCCGCACGCACACCCGCCAUACGACGAGCCCUGGGGUCACGCCGAGGGCGGGUGGGCGCCGAGCGAGAUCAAGGAGCUGACGCCGGGCCCGCUGGCGAUGGGCCCGCCGCCCAGCGCGCCCGCGCCGCCGCCCGCCGGCUUCCCGCCGCCGUACCGCGCGCACCCGCACGCUCCGCACGCGCCACACGCGCCGCACGCGCCGCACGCACCGCACGCGCACGCCGCCUACGACCGCGACAGGGACCGCGACCGCGACAGAGAUAGAGACCGCAGAGACCGCGACAGGCGCGAAGAGGAUGAGAGAGAGCGAGACCGAGACCGCGAGCGCUCGCGCUCCAUAAAGCCAGACAGAGUUCGGGAAAAAUCGUACAGACGGGAGCGGUCGCGGUCGCGCUCGCACCGGCACAAGUCGCGGUCGCGGUCGCCGCGCCUGCGCGAGCGCUCGCGGGACAGGGACCGCGACCGCGACCGCGAGAGAAACAACAAGACCAAGACGAAGGAGACUAAAGAGAAAGAAGACGAUAAAUGACACCUGCAACGAUACUGGAGUAUCCUCAUUCCAUGAAGCACCCACUCCAGCUCCACUUUAAUACAUCAAUAAAUGUUAAGAUUUAAGUUGA